AUGGAGUAUUUUUUAGAUGAAUGGAAGAAAGCUUGUGCAACUGAUGGAGGCACACUUAGUGUUCCAAAAGGAAAUUAUGAAUUAAGUGAUAUUGAAUUUUCAGGGCCAUGCAAUGGCGAAACCAAUUUUGUACUAGAAGGAACUAUAACUGCUCCCGAAGAUCCUACUCCCGACAUCGAUCAUUGGAUCAUGUUUCACCAGGUCGAUAGCCUCUCGAUCUCAGGCACCGGCACCUUAGAUGGAAACGGAGCCUCCUAUUGGAGAACCGAGCAUGACACCACUAUAGCGACAUUGAAGCUUGAGAAAGUCAACAAAGUGAACAUUAGAGACAUCCAUUCCAUCAACAGCAAAAAGUUCCACUUUCACAUCCACAACUGCAACGACGUAACCAUAAACAACAUCCACGCCACAGCUCCGGAAAGCAGCCCCAACACCGACGGCAUCCACCUCAGUAAUUCCGACAACAUCAGAAUCACCGGUGCAAGCAUCGCCACUGGAGACGACUGCAUCUCCAUAGGAGACGGAGUCACCAACACAGACAUCACAGGCGUCAACUGUGGCCCGGGCCACGGCAUCAGCAUCGGGAGCCUCGGGAAGAAUCAAGGGGAGAAGGAAGUCCGGUCGAUUCGGGUAACCAAUUGCAACUUAAAAAACACCAAAAACGGGCUAAGGAUCAAGACGUUCGCGCCUUCUCCACCGGGGCUUGUUUCGGAUAUCACUUUUGAGGGCAUUAUAGUAGAUAAUGUGGACAAUCCGAUCAUCAUCGAUCAACAUUAUUGCCCACACAAGAAAUGUGAGGGUGGUGAAUCGAGUGUUUUGAUAAAUGGUGUAAAAUUCAUCGACGUUCGUGGUAGCUCGAGUAAAGAAGUCGGGGUGAAGGUUGAUUGCAGCAAAUCGCAUCCUUGCAAAGACAUACAAUUGAAGGGAGUUAGCUUGACCUUUGAAGGGAAGCCAACUAAUGCAGUUUGCUCUUCAGCUGAUGUUCAAUUUCUUGGAGAUGGCCAAACUCCUUCAAGUUGUUCCUGA